AUGGGAGGCGUUCGUGAAAAGAAAGUUGAAUACUUUGCUAAAUUAAGAAGCUACUUGGAAGAAUAUAAGUCUAUCUUCAUCGUUGGUGUCGAUAAUGUUUCUUCCCAACAAAUGCAUGAAGUUAGAAAGGAAUUGAGAGGUAGAGGUGUUGUCUUAAUGGGUAAGAACACCAUGGUCAGAACCGCUAUCAGAGGUUUGAUCGGUGAAUCCUCUGAUUUCGAAAAAUUGUUACCUUUCAUUAAGGGUAAUGUUGGUUUCGUUUUCACCAACGCUUCUUUACAAGAUAUUAAGGAAGUCAUUAUCUCCAACAAGGUUGCUGCUCCAGCUAGAGCCGGUGCUAUUGCUCCAGAAGAUAUCUGGGUCAGAGCUGUUAACACAGGUAUGGAACCAGGUAAGACCUCUUUCUUCCAAGCUUUAGGUGUUCCAACCAAGAUUGCCAGAGGUACCAUUGAAAUUGUUUCCGAUGUCAAGGUUGUUGAUGCUGGUCAAAAGGUUGGUCAAUCCGAGGCUUCUUUGUUGAAUUUGUUAGAAAUUUCUCCAUUCUCCUUCGGUCUAUCUAUUGUUCAAGUUUACGACAAUGGUCAAAUCUUCCCAUCUUCCAUCUUGGAUAUUACUGAUGACGAAUUAGUCGGUCACUUCGUUUCCGCUGUUUCCACCAUUGCUUCCAUCUCUUUGGCUAUUGGUUACCCAACCUUGCCAUCUGUUGGUCACACUUUAAUCAACAACUACAAGGACUUAUUGGCUGUCGCUAUCGGUUCUGGUUACCACUUUGCUGAAAUCGAAGAAUUGGUUGACAGAAUUGAAAACCCAGACAAGUACGCUUCUGCUGCCCCAGCUGCCGCUGCCGCUUCCUCUGGUGAUGCUGCUCCAGCUGAAGAAGCUGCUGCUGAGGAUGAAGAAUCUGAAGAUGAAGACAUGGGUUUCGGUUUAUUCGAUUAA